AUGUCGAAAGCUGCCACUGAAGUUAUCGUCAAUGACAUAUUUGGAUCCGAAGGCCUUGUCCACGCGUCGGAGAAAACUGAAUAUUGGGCGAAAGUUGAGGAGCUAAAAAAGAAGUGGGACACCUUGGAGCAGAAGGAUACAAGGCGAGAUCCGCAGUUUGCAACGUAUUUUGUGAGACACAAAGCCGAUGAAGUAUGGAACCAUUUGUCAGCAAAGGUAUCCAGAGAAGCCGGGUUUGGUGAUGAGGUUCAGUGCAACAAUGUAUCCGAGUCUGUAAAUGCUGUCAUGAAGCGCUGGCAGAAUUUUGAGGCGAAAGACAUGAGCACAUUCGUGGAUGAUAUAAAGGAACUUGUUGACAAACAACGAAGUGAUGUAAACAGAGCCUUUCUGGGACUUCAUAGUCCGUACUUAGUACAAGAAGAAUAUCGAGACCAUGUAAAACCGAGAGCGUUUUUAGAUGCCACACUGGAGGAGCGUAAAACCAUCAUGAAAUCCGUAAAAGUUUUUGUUGACCCCACACGAUACCAGGAAGUACUCCGUUACCGCACAAAACCAGGCCUUCCGCACACGCUGAACACACCUGCCUCAAAUGUUAGUAGCGGCAACGAUGACUUUGAAGGUUCUAGUGACAUGGGAAAUCUGGGAAAAGAACCCGUCCUUGGUGUAAGGGUCGGUACAAUACUGGAGUGCUUGGAGGGUCUGCUGGAUACUUUUGCAAAGAAAGAUGUGGAAGCUCUGGCAGAUAAGGCUGUCCGUCUCCAAACUGACGAUGGCAUUCGUACAGGAUUUGACAAAGACACAUUCUCUGUCAGGAGCACCUCCACAUCGAAGCCCCAUAUCGUUAAAAGAGUAGGAGCCGGUUUCUCUUGUGACAAAGAAUGCCUGGGGUUUGUGUCACGCAAAAUUUGUGCACACACGGUGGCAGCUGCUGCAGCUAGUCACUGUUUGUUUCAAUUCAUUUCCUGGUUCAAGAAAAGCAGGCGAGGAAAAGAAAAUUUGACGUCCUUGACGACAUUCUCUGUCAACAGAGCUGCAGGGAAAAAGAAAUCCAGUCAGACAAUAAGGCACCGUAGCAAGUCACCUGAUGUGAUGACAAACAUGGCUGCCUGC